AUGGCCGCUGGGAUUGAUCAGCAACAGCAACAGGUUAUGAGUAUGUUAGAUAGUUUCUCAUUCAACGAACCCGUGAACAUGCUGGGUGGUGGCGGAGCUGGUGGCAAUGCGCCGCAGCCACAACAAUAUAUGCCCGGUAUAUUGGGUGGUCACAUUCCUGGAAUGCCAGGUCCCUUCAUGGGUGGUCCUCCUUUUCCUCAUCACACACAGCAACAACCUCCCCUACAGGACAUGUUCUCUGCUGCCCAGACAACAGCGUCGAUGCUGUCUGCUUCUGGUGUGCUGUCCUAUUCUGAUGCACCUUCGCGUCAAGGGGGAAGUUUGGCACCUGGUGCACCGAUAGGUGUACCUCCAGGUCAGACGGACACAUCUCAGGGUGGCGCUGGACAACAACAAGCUGCUUUGCCACCUGGUGGAAGCGGGCUACCAGCGCUUUCCGGUGGUGUGCAGUUCCAGUGCCCACGCCGACCUAACCACGGUCUUGAAGGACGUUCCAUCUUGCUGCGGGCGAAUCAUUUCGCAGUGCGUAUGCCAGGAGGUACCAUUCAGCACUACCAUGUAGAUGUGUCACCAGACAAAUGUCCACGAAGAGUGAAUCGAGAAAUCAUUUGCUGUAUGAUUCGCUCCUUUGGCAAGUACUUUAGCUCAAGUAGACCGGUCUAUGAUGGGAAGAGGAAUAUGUACACUAGGGAGCCAUUGCCAAUUGGCCGAGAGAAGAUGGAGUUUGAGGUGACUCUUCCUGGUGACUCGGCAGUGGAGCGUCAGUUUACUGUUACUGUGAAGUGGGCAGGCCAAGUUUCGUUGUCAACACUAGAAGAUGCUAUGGAAGGGCGCGUUCGUCAAGUACCAUUCGAAGCGGUUCAGGCUAUGGAUGUCAUUUUGAGACAUCUUCCAAGUCUUAAGUACACACCUGUGGGUAGAUCGUUCUUUUCACCACCGGCACACCCUCAUCAACCUCCUCAACAACAUGGUCAGUAUCAUAUGGAAAGUAAAUUGGGUGGUGGGCGUGAAGUUUGGUUUGGAUUUCAUCAAUCUGUUCGACCGUCACAGUGGAAAAUGAUGCUCAACAUCGACGUGUCCGCCACAGCUUUCUAUCGAUCCAUGCCCGUCAUUGAGUUUGUCGCAGAAGUUCUGGAGCUUCCCGUACAGGCUCUCACUGAACGACGUGCUUUGUCCGAUGCGCAGCGUGUGAAGUUCACAAAAGAGAUUCGCGGUUUGAAAAUAGAAAUUACUCAUUGUGGACAAAUGCGACGCAAGUAUCGAGUUUGCAAUGUGACAAGAAGACCUGCACAGACGCAAACCUUUCCUCUACAACUAGAGACUGGCCAAACGAUUGAAUGCACAGUAGCAAAGUACUUUUACGACAAAUAUCGCAUCCAGCUGAAAUAUCCGCAUUUGCCAUGUUUACAGGUUGGACAAGAGCAAAAGCACACCUAUUUGCCGCCAGAGGUAUGUCAUGUAGUGCCAGGACAGCGUUGCAUCAAGAAGUUGACAGACACGCAGACAUCAACAAUGAUCAAGGCAACGGCUCGUUCUGCUCCCGAAAGAGAGCGUGAAAUCGCAAGUCUAGUUAGAAAAGCUGAAUUCUCCGCUGAUCCUUUUGCUCAUGAGUUUGGUAUUGCGAUCAACUCAGCCUAUGACUGA